AAAAGUUACAAGACUAUGAUUUUUUUUUUUUUUACUCCGUAUAGUCUAUCUCUCUGUCUUCCACCUCGUGGCAUUUCUGAUUUCUUGGCAAGUUGCUCGCAAACCCUAAAUCCCCAAAUUGAACCGCAAAGGUUAUUCCUUCCAAAUAUGGCUUCCCUGGAUAACAAAGACACUCCUCCUGCGAAGAAGAUGAAGCUUGAAGAGAAAAUCCCUAAUCCCAAAGAUGGAACUAAUGAAAAUCUCGAGUACCCUAAACCCAAAGAUUACUUUGUCCUGCUGAAGCUGGAAGUCAUCUUACAAAAUCGUGAAUCCGGUGGAGAUGUAAUGUCUUUGUUUCAUAAAGUGAUGAAAGAUGCUGGCUGCUCUGAAUCCCAGAUAACGCCACCCCAUACCUCCUAUAACUUUUUUGCACGCCUUACUGAAGAGGAAGCUAAUAAGCUGGCUGGUUUGGAUUCUGUGAAAAAAGUGAGGCCGAAGGUUAAUUCCCGUUGGUUUUCGGAAUUCUUGUGAUUGUGGAUCGAUGUUCGUGUUAAGUCACAUUCCUACUGUAAUAAGAGUAUUACAAAAUAGGUUGGGGGGUUAUAUUAGGGCAGCUGAGUUGUGGCCUACUGGCUGUGUAGUGUGAUUUAUCCUCGACGAUCAUUUGCAAUCACUGGUUGUAAUUUGACUUAACCUGGUUUGUUUAUGCUUCUUGUUGUAACUAAAUAUGAUUACUUUUUAAGUCGCAUCCCCGUUUCAUACCGCAUGAAUAAUAUUACUAUUAUGUUUAUCAAGCUA